AUGAGCCCCCCGCCGAACCAGCAUGAUGGCGACGGCACCGAUGGCGGCGGACGGCGGCUGAGCCUGCUCUGUCUCGACGGCGGCGGCGUUCGCGGGCUGUCGUCGCUGUAUAUCCUCCAGCGGCUCAUGGAGCAGAUUGAUCCGCGGGACCCCCCGAAGCCGUGCGACUACUUUGACAUGAUAUGCGGCACCUCGACGGGAGGCUUGAUCGCCAUCAUGCUGGGCAGGCUGCGGAUGACUGUCGCGCAGUGUAUCCGCGAGUAUGAGCAGCUGUCCUCGUCCGUCUUCACCAAGCGCCGCCACAGGCUCAACUGGAAAGGACAGAUCCAGGGGCGCUUCGAUCAUGAGGCGCUGGAAGAGGGAAUCAAGGCAAUACUCCAGAGGCGCCAGGUCCCGGAGAAUGAGCUGCUCAAAGAGGCAGGCGGGCAGCCCGAGUGCAAGGUCUUCGUCUCGACCAUGAGGCAGGAAAUCUCCGAGAUUGUCAACUUGACGAGCUACUACUCUCCAACCUGGGGGGCGUCCAUGCUCGACAGCGUGCGAAUCUGGGAAGCUGCGCGCGCAACCUCUGCCGCUCCAUCGUUCUUUGACCCUUGCGUCAUCGACGCCAAGUGCUUUGUCGACGGCGGGACUGGAGCAAACAAUCCAAUCCACCAGCUCUGGGCAGAGGCUUCGUGCGUGUACGGUGAAGAUGGCGCAAGCAGCACGUGGAAGCUCGAGGAUCACCUGUACUGCCUCGUGUCCAUAGGCACAGGUACGCCGUCGCGCAAACCGUUUGGCCCCGAGCUGCAAGACGUCGCCACGGCGUUGCGCGCGAUUGCGACGAGCGCAGAGUCUGUCGCACAGACAUUCGAGCGACAGCAUCCGCACCUGGUCAACAAUUGCGUGUAUUUCCGAUUCAACGUCACCAACGGGCUGCAGGGUGUCGGUCUCGAGGCGUCGGAUCGACUGAGCGAGAUCGAGGCCCUGACUGGCAGCUACUGCGCAUCGGCAACGGUGACGCAAAAGAUGAAGGCAUGUGCUUGUAAGCUUGCGGGAGCGAGAAGCGAGGAGAUCUCGGGCUGGGCUCAACAAGCUGCCAUCCGAUGCACUCAGCUGUCGGUUCCCCAGCCUUGCUUGCCGUUUGCCAAGGACGAGAUCCAAAAGACGGAUCCCGUAGAUCUCUUCAGCUUCAUUCACUGUCGGCCGUUCCAGGACUGGCUGCAGGGCACGUCUCGAUCGCUAAUCUGCAUUACGUCCAGUACGAUAAGCUCACACAACUUUAUGUUCCAUCCUGCGUUUCCCCUAGGCGAGAGGCUGAGCAAGCACCUUUGCGUGGACGAGCUCAAGGGCCACACCGCGCUGUAUGUGAAUUGCUUCUGGAUCCUGGACAGACCCAAGGGCUUCCGCCCGCGCGCGCUGGUCGAAGAGCACCUGAAGCGGACGAACCAGAUCCCCGGCGACAAGACCCCAGUCGAGAUUGUGCUCGAGACGCUGCUCUAUCAGCUGCUUCAGCAAACAGAAAAUCUAGGUACAGUGCUGGAGCGGUACGCGGCUUUGCUACCCGAGGACAGCGUGGCGGCGUUUCGGGAUCAGAUGGUGCAGAGUGGCAUGCCACCCGGACGAGAGCUGGUGCCACUCAUCAAGUGUCUCGUUGCAGCCAGCAAAUCGCACAUUCUGGUGGCUGUAGACAGCAUUGACUAUCUACCCGAGAGCGACAGAACAGCAAUGAUGGUUCAGCUGGCCGACUUGGCCCAGGACGAGACGCAUGCGAAGCUGCUCUUUUGCGGCGCCUCGCAGAUGGUCAAGGUCGGUGGCGGCGCACACGUCGCCGUCGUGACGGACAUGACGGAGGCAGUGGAAUGCCGCGCAUCCCUCAAGUUUGACGAGUUCAACGUCCGCAAGUCCCAGAUCGCACCCGCCGCGGCCGGCACGGCCGAGUGGAUCUGGGAACACCCCGUGUUCCGCGAAUUCUCAUCCGAGAAGAAUGGGCUGCUCUGGAUCAGGGGCAAGCCGGGCAGCGGCAAGUCGGUGCUGGCAAAGUGCAUCCAGCGCAUGCUCAUCGGCUCGAAUCCCCGCCGCACCCUCGUCGGAGACUGGUUCUACCACGGCCGACGAGGCGCCCACUACAUCCGCCACAGGUCGUUUCUGAGAUCGGUGCUGUACCAAUUCCUCGAACAGAACCUGUCGCUCUUUUCCGAGUACUUUCUCGAUGCCUACCGUGAGCAGGAUCCGAUGAAUGCGUUCGAGUGGAUGGACGAGACACUGUCGGACAUCUUCAAGAGAAUCUGCUGCGGGCCGCUCCAUGUCAUCUGCGUCAUCGAUGCCAUGGACGAAGCGGAAAACGAAUCGAUACUCGACAUGCUCAUGGAGAUUGUUGGAGGCAGACCGGGAUCGAACGCGAGCUUCAUCGUCUUGAGCCGGCCGCACAUUGGCAUCGAGAGACGCGUCUACUCUGCACCCGUACUGAUCCUGGAGCGCGAAAACGAAAGGGACAUUCAACGAAUCAUCAACAUUGGCCUCGAUUCGCUCAAGCGAUCAAUCCACUCGCUCAACUUUGACCGGCCUGGAUCCGUUGCGCCUCGCUCGGCCGUGCGGGUACGGAGGUCGCGCUUCGGAUCCAUCGCCAUGAGCCAGGCCCGAGAGCAGGAGGCCAUCGAACGGGUCCGCAAGACGCUCUCGUCCAAAGCCCAGGGUUCAAUUCUCUGGGUCAAGCUUGUCCUGGACCAGCUCAACCAGGCGUCGCAGGAGGGCGGGGGAGCGUCCCUUGACGACAUGGAGGCGCUCGUCAACAAGAUUCCCAGAGAACUCGAGGAGUUUUACCGCCAAAUGCUUGCCAAGCUGGUGGAGGGGAAAUCUGCAGACACAAUCGAGGACAUUCGAAAGGCGCUGAUGUGGAUCGGCGCCGCUGGAGAGCUCGGCGACGUGACGCUCGACAGCCUGUGGGAAGCGCUGGCACUACUGAAAGACGAUUGCCGCUCCAACACCCUCGAUGGGGUGUGGCAGAGACAGAUUUUCAUAAGCACCUUCGACGAGCUCUGGAGAAAGAUUUACAGCAUGUGCGGGCCCUUCAUCGAAGUCUACACGCCGGGCCUGUCGGCGGACGAGUCGCGGACGACGCAGUACAAGGCCGGCUCGAUCGUGCAGCUGAUGCACCAGUCGGUGCGCGACUUCCUCUGCGGUAGCCACGCCGCGGGAGCCCUGCACUUUUCAUGGCAAGAGGCCGUGUGCAUGGUGGAGCGCAGCCUGUCUCACUACCUGGCGCUCGUGGCGCGAGACAAUGAGCGCAACUUGGAGCGCGGCCCGCAGCAGCCAGAGGAGAUGGUCGGGCGCCUCAGCGAGCAGCGCCUGCUGCAGCUUGCCCUCAAGUCGGUCGAGGCGAACAGCGGACCGGGCAAGACGAUGCGCGGGCUGAUUGGCAAUUGGAUCCUCGAGCCCGCGCCCGGGGGUGGCGAAGAGGAGCUCCUCGUCAGCGCCAUCGAGGGAUACCUCAAGGUCGCCGGGAACUGGGACAAUCCGCAGACGACGGCCGAGACGCUCAGCCUCGGGCGUCUCUUUUACCAUGCAUGCAAGGAGGGCCUCGUCACGGCGGUGCGCAACCUGCUGUCGCUGGAUUGGCUGGCGCUGAACGAGGUGAAGCAUCCCUUUGAUGCCAUUCUACUCGGGUGCAUCUUCUUUGCGGCAUCGAGGAGCGGUAGCCCAAACAUUGCCGUCACGUUGCAGUGGCCUGGGUAUGCAUCAAGGCCGACCCUCGCACCCGCGAAUGUAUUCAGAAAACCGCCGUUGCGAUUUCGGGGCACCAGAUGGACGGACCUGAGGGCAGAGGACAUUGAAGACGAAGACUCGACGCCGCGGACGAGUCGACGGUCGUCGGUCGCUCCAUCGUCCACGGCCGUCAAUGACUCUGACGAAGAGUCCGAUGAAGAAUCCACGGCCCGGCGGAUCGCAAUACUCGGGUCUAGGGUCAAAGUACCGCCGAGUCCUCCCGACAAGGAUCGCGAGCCCGACAAAACUGUGGGCCUCAGGUCGAACUCCUCCGCGCGCUGGCACUCGCAGCCCUGGACGGUCGAGCUCACGAUCACGAGGCGGGGAGGAGGGGCGCGGGAGACGAAACACUCGGUGACGUUUAAAGAGUGGUGCCGGUUCCUGGAUAUUCUGUGCGGGAGCAAGAGCCGCGAGCUGCAGGAGCGGAGGGCGGGGUUUGCGUGCGUGGCGGGGCCGAGUGCGCCGUCGAUGGGCGACGUGCAGGGCGAGGGAGGGUCGGCGAGUGCGAUUUGCGUUGGUAUGAGCGGUGUUCAUCUAGGAGAGGAGGAGGGAGAGGAAGAAGAAUUGGGGGAAGGGGAGCAGAAUGUGGUUCCGGCGGAGGAUGUGGAGGAUGCGAUAUUGGCGUCGUUGGAGUUGAUGCAGAGGACGGGGGUAGGGCCUAACUGA